AUGAUCAUAAGUUCUCUUAAUAUCAGAGGAGGAGGAAGCAGUGCUAAGAGGAGGAGGAUUCAUCACUUGAUUUUGAAAGGUAAACCCGACAUCUUUCUCAUUCAAGAAUCUAAACUGGCUUCUGUUUCAGAUAGUAUAGCCUAUAGUUUUUGGAGGAAUAAGGAUAUUGGGUACUCUUUUUUGCCGUCUGAUGGAGCAUCCGGUGGCUUGAUUUCGUUGUGGAACUCUGAUAGUAUUAAGGUUCUGUGUAGUUUCUGUGGGGAAGGUUAUUUGGGUUUGAAAGUUGUUUGGAAGGAGGAGUAUUAUUAUAUCGCAAAUGUGUAUUCUUCGUGUCAUAGAGGGGAGAAGAGGGUGUUAUGGAGGAAGCUGCUUGACUUAAAAUCCAGAUUCACAGAUGGAGAGUGGGUGAUAGCGGGAGACUUUAAUGCUGUAAAGAAUAUGAACGAGGGGAAGGGAGGUUCCGGGAGGUAUAGAGCUAGAGAAGCGAGGGAGUUUUCGGACUUUAUUUCUUUGAGUAAUUUAAUUGAUGUCCCUAAUAAAGGUAAAAAGUUCACUUGGUUUGGAGGGGAUGGGAAGGCGAGAAGUAGGAUAGAUAGAUUUCUUGUGGCGGACAAUAUUGUAAUCAAAUGGGGUAUUGUUGGCCAAUUGGUGGGUGAUCGGGAUGUGUCGGACCAUUGUCCGAUUUGGUUGAUUGGUAAUAAAUCGAAUUGGGGUCCAAAACCUUUUAAGGAUAACGGAGAAUGGUUUUCAAACAAGGAAUUCUUACUGUUUGUGAAGAAAAGGUGGAAAGAAAUUGUUGUUGAAGGAAGAGGUGACUUCGUCCUUAAAGAGAAGUUGAAAUUGCUAAAGGAGAGUCUUAAGUGGUGGAAUAUGAAAGUGUUUGGUAAAUUCGACUUGGCGGUGGAGGAAGGGGUGCGUAUUAUGAAUGAGGGAGAUGAGAUGGUGGUUGAUGUGGAUGGUGAGGAGAUUGUUGUGGGGGAGGAUGGCUUGAGUAGAAAACGUAGAGCUCAAAGUAUUUUUGGUUAA